AUGCUCUUAUCAAUUACCACUGGUGCUGUUCCACGCAAAUUUGGCCAGUACCUAAGACACGACCCCACCCCAAUGCGUCACUCUGACCCGGUGGUAGACGCCAACAUGUACCAACAGGCCCGGAACCGGCGUCCACCGCCGUUCCCCCCACCACCCCAACCUCACCGACUCCGGCAUGAGCGAGGCCGGCAGGCAGAUGAUUUGUCGUCUGAGUUUUACUCACCUCCUGCAACCCCCUUUGGGGACAGUGAUGAUAAACAAGUCCAAGUGUUUUGUCCAUUCGGCGUGGAGCACGAUCUGCCCCAAGGCAUGCUCACCUGA